AUGGCGAUCAAAGAGCUCAAAGACUUGAACAAUCCAGAGGAUGGUCUCCGCAUUCUGAUCAUCGGCGCCGGUAUUGGUGGUCUUACUGCUGCUAUUGCACUGAGACAGCAGGGCCAUCGCGUUGAAAAGCUCUUCGAACGCUCGCGCUUCGCGAACGAAAUCGGCGCUGCUAUCCACCUGUCGCCGAACGCCAACGGCGUCCUUCAACGGCUUGGAAUUGAUGCGACUAAGUUUGGGGCUGUAGAAGCCGAGCUGCUCCGCGAAUACACGCCUGAUGGAGAACCGGUGCACAUCACUCAGCUUAAAAACUCGGCUGGGAUGUGGAGACAUGCUCAGCGCUGGCUCCUUGUCCACCGCGCCCAUUUCCACGAAGGCCUCAAAGCGGCCGCUCAAGCCUCAGACCGUGGUCCAUCCGCAGUCCUACACACGGCCAGCAAAGUAGUCGACGUCGAUCCUCACCUGGCAACCGUGACUCUCGAAAACGGCGAGAUCAUCUCUGGCGACGUGUUGAUCGGCGCAGACGGCGUACACUCUCUAACAAGAACUAAACUACCGACGAUCAACACCCCAUUCAGUUCUGGCAAAAACGCCUUCCGCUUCCUAAUGGCCCGCCAACAAGCACUCGGUGAUCCUGAAACCAAUAGCGUCGCGCGGGACUUCGGAGCAGUGGAUAUGUGGGACUCGUCUGAUCGGCGCGUGGUCAUUUAUCCGUGUGCGAAUAACGAGUUACUCAAUUUCGUUUGUAUCCAUCCGGACUCGAUGACUACUAUUGAUGUCGGUGGGGAUUCUUAUAAUCAGCAGAUUGGAAAGGACACGCUGCUUGAUGUGUUUAAGGAUUUUAAUCCUCAGGUGAGAAAGUUGUUGGAGAAGGCGGAUCCGGUUACUUUGAAGCUGUGGCCUCUCCUGGAUAUGGAUACACUCCCCGAGUGGAUAAAUGGUAGAAUGGCUGUGCUGGGUGAUGCCGUUCAUCCUUUCUUGCCGUACCGGGCUUCUGGUGGGGCUAUGGCGAUUGAGGAUGCGGUUUCGUUGGCUGUUAUGUUACCGAGGGGUAUUUCGAGACAGGAUGUGCCUGAGAGAUUAAAGGUAUACCAAAUGGCUCGUCAUGAACGGGCAACAACUGUCCAGGAGAUGACUCGCGAGUCGAGUAAGCUUCUUUCCCAGGAAAAAGCCAUGGGCAUGGUCGCCUACAUCUACGGCCACGACGAGUUCGACCACUCGGCCCAAGUCCUGCGAAAGUACCUCUGGUCCAAAACCCCACACAUGUACUGGCGCCAACCCAUCGUGUUCGGGCCAAUGCCAGGUCCCAGACAAGACUGGAUGGGUCGGGAUCGAGCACUCAAGUCACUCGAGUCGACCUUCAUGACAGCGUCCAUCAAGUUCAAGACCAGCCGUACGCUCCUGCAGAACCUCUUCCCGAAUGACCGGUACAGCUUUAUCUCGCCGAGUACCGUCGCGCGGGCCAGUUUCUCGCAGACCACGCUGAACGGUAUGGACUGGUUGGGCGGUGGCGGGUACAGACAUAUCGGACUGUAUAUCCACGGCGUGCAGUAUAAGAAAGAGAACGGCGAGGUACUCAAGGGUACCUACAUGCCUAUUCUCUUCGAGAGUCUGGCGGAUCCGAUUGUCUCGGGGCGCGAAGAGCUCGGCAUGCCGAAGCUGUAUACGGCCAUCGACGUGCACGAGCGGAGCAGCUCGUAUCGCCUGCAGACGAGCUGGCAGGGGGCCGUGUGGGGCCAUUUCGAGCUCGAGGAUCUAGAAGACCAGGAUCCCGCGGCCGACAAGGGUACUAUCGGAGGGGAGGAUGAUGAUGGCAUCUUGGUAUAUCGAUAUAUCCCCAAGGUUGGCAAAGAUACCAAGGGUCAGGCUGAGGCCGAGUACCCCGUUUUCGUGCCGCAUGCUCAGGAGUCCAAGGUCCUUCCGUCUCAGGUGACACGUCUGCGACGGACAACAAAUGCCAAGGUCGAAAUUAGUGCGCUCGGAUGGGAUGCGCUGCCGACGCUGCACCAUGUCGUGACGAGGUUGGCGGAGAUUCCAAUUGACGAGGUCAUUGAUGCGAAAAUCACCGAGGGGCGGGGUGUGCCAGAUGUGUCUAGUGCUCAGCGGAUUGAGUAG